GAUUCAGCCUGAUGAUUUCAGGUAAAGUGGAGGCAGCGCUGGACCUGGUGUUGAUCAAUUCACUCCCUCUAGUGAGCAACUCAGAGACAUCGCUUAUCUGCAUUGCAGCCAGAUGGAGUUCCCGCGAGUCUGUCACAAUAGGGCGAGACUAUGAGGCCUUGAUGAGCCAACACCAGGACCCUCUGGAAGUUACUGAAGACGAGAAGAGAGGAACAGCCAAAAAAGUGGUGUGGAAAAGGGAACAAGCUGGUGAAACUAUCGGAGCUUACUACUGUGAAGGGAAAGUCAAAGAUGAGGUGACAAGGAUUCGUACAAUGAAGAUGCCACUAGGAGCUUCCUUCCUCCCAGUGGCCUUAACUAUGACUGUGAACAAGGGAGAACAUGUGAACAUUUCCUUCAUCAGAAAGAUUGCAAUGGAGGAAGAUGCAGUGAUCUACAAAAACGGUUCUUUCAUUCACUCUGUGCCCAGGCAUGAAGUGCCAAAUGUGCUAGAAGUGACCUGCUCUGAAGCCCUGCUACAGGAUGCAGGGGUCUACUCUGCCAGAUACAUAGGAGGAAACACCUUCACCACUGCUUAUACAAGGCUGAUAGUAAGACGCUGUGCAGCUCAGAAGUGGGGCCCGAGGUGCAGUUCCAUCUGCCCGGUGUGCAUGAACAAUGGCAUAUGUCAUGAAGAUACUGGAGAAUGCAUUUGCCCUCCAGGCUUUAUGGGGAAAACAUGUGAGAAGGCUUGCGGAGACAACACAUUUGGCAGAACCUGUAAAGAAAGCUGUAAAGAGAACUCAGGCUGCAAAUAUUAUAUGUUCUGUCUACCAGAUCCAUAUGGCUGCUCUUGUGCUACAGGAUGGAAGGGCCUGGCAUGUGAUGAAGAGUGCCAAUCUGGUUUUUAUGGGCCGGACUGUAAACUCAAGUGUAAUUGCAACAAUCGGGGGAAAUGCGACAGAUUUAAGGGCUGCCUCUGUCAGUUUGGCUGGCGCGGUCUACAAUGUGAAAAAGAAGGUUCAGCUGAUGUGUCACCUCAGAUAAAGCACUUGCCAGACCAUGUGGAACUCAAUUCUGGCGCAGAGUUUAAGCCUAUUUGUAUAGCCACUGGCAAGCCACUUCCUGUUAUUGAAGAAUUUAAACUGUUGAAACAAGAUGGGACUUUAUUGCACACUAAAGACAUUUUGACCAAGUACACUUCCUUGGCAAAGUUUCAUAUCAAUAGAAUCCAGCCCCCUGACUCAGGAAUAUGGGUUUGCAGUGUUGAGACAGUAGCAGGGAUGGCAGAAGAGCCUUUCCAUGUUACAGUUAAAGUUCCUCCUGUGCCUCAGUAUGCUCCGAGGAUGAUAGACAGUGGACAUAAUUUUCUCAUCAUCGAUAUCAAUGCUGACUCCCAUACUGGCGAUGGACCGAUUGUGUUAACCAAGCUCCUGUAUAAGCCUGCUAAAGGUUAUCAGCCCUGGAUGUCAGUGGAAGUAAAUGGAAAGAGCAAGAAAUUAGAUAAUCUAGAACCCAAAACAGAAUAUCAGUUCUGUGUUCAGCUAAGCCGGCAAGGGGAUGGUGGAGAAGGGCAUCCUGGGCCACAGGCAAGCUUCACAACGGCUGCACUUGGUCUUCCUCCACCAGAAGGUCUCACCCUCCUUCCUAAAAGCAAGACAUCUCUGAUUUUGUCAUGGCAGCCAAUAGCACAGAAGCCAGAAGAUGACCUUCUUGUUGAAGUGGAAAGGACGAGUGUGAAUGACAACAGUGGUGAUGAGGACAGACCUGAUAUCACCCAUGUGCCAGGAAAUAUAUCCACUCUGGUUAUUGAUGAUUUAGAACCCAGACAGCAGUAUAGGUGCAGGGUACGUGUGAAUACCAGGUCUGAAGGAGAGUGGAGUGACUAUUUGUAUGCAUGGACCUACAGUGACAGAAUCCCACCGUCACCUGACAACAUCAAGAUUUUCAACAUCACGGACACCUCUGCCAUCAUCUCUUGGUCAACUGCUGCGGGACAGUCCAUCUCCUCCAUCAUCAUCAGCUACAAGAUUUAUGGCAAGGCUGAGUACAACCACAUUGACGUCACAAUAAAAAACACAACCAUCACGCAGUAUCAUCUCAAGGGCCUUGAGCCGAAUACUGUGUAUCUGGUUCAGAUGAGUGCACAGAACAAUAUUGGACUGAGCAACCCAAACCCUUCUCUUGAACUGAAGACUCUCCCGGAAACAAAAGCUCCGUAUGAAUCAAAGGGAGGGAAAAUGCUGCUGAUUGCUAUCCUUGGCUCAGCAGGGAUGACCUGCCUAACAAUCCUGCUGGCCUUUCUCAUCAUGCUGCAGCUAAAGCGAGCCAACUUCCAGCGCAGAAUGGCUCAAGCCUUCCAAAACGUGAGAGAAGAGCCAGCUGUCCAGUUUAACUCAGGAACUCUCACUCUGAGCAGGAAAGCCAAGAACAGCCCAGACCACACUAUCUAUCCAGUCCUCGAGUGGAAUGACAUCAAAUUUCAAGAUGUGAUCGGGGAGGGCAACUUUGGACAAGUCCUUAAAGCACGAAUUAAGAAGGAUGGCUUGCGAAUGGAUGCUGCCAUCAAAAGGAUGAAAGAGUAUGCCUCAAAGGAUGAUCACAGAGACUUUGCUGGAGAAUUGGAAGUUCUUUGUAAACUUGGACAUCAUCAUAAUAUCAUAAAUCUUUUGGGAGCAUGUGAACAUCGGGGGUAUCUUUACCUGGCUAUUGAAUAUGCUCCCCAUGGAAAUUUACUCGAUUUCCUGAGGAAGAGCAGAGUGCUGGAGACAGACCCAGCAUUUGCUAUUGCCAACAGCACUGCCUCCACUCUGUCCUCUCAGCAGCUUCUGCAUUUUGCAGCAGAUGUGGCCAGAGGGAUGGACUACUUAAGCCAAAAACAGUUUAUUCAUCGCGAUUUGGCAGCAAGAAACAUCUUGGUUGGAGAAAACUAUGUUGCAAAAAUAGCAGAUUUUGGAUUGUCUAGAGGUCAAGAAGUUUAUGUUAAAAAGACCAUGGGAAGGCUCCCAGUACGAUGGAUGGCAAUUGAAUCUCUAAAUUACAGUGUGUACACCACAAACAGCGACGUGUGGUCAUAUGGUGUCCUAUUAUGGGAAAUAGUUAGUUUAGGUGGGACACCGUACUGUGGAAUGACAUGUGCAGAACUCUAUGAGAAAUUGCCACAAGGGUACAGACUGGAAAAGCCUCUCAAUUGUGAUGAUGAGGUGUAUGACCUGAUGAGACAGUGUUGGCGGGAGAAACCGUAUGAAAGGCCAUCAUUUGCUCAGAUCCUGGUGUCACUGAACAGGAUGUUAGAGGAACGAAAGACAUAUGUGAAUACCACGCUGUAUGAGAAGUUUACCUAUGCAGGCAUCGACUGCUCUGCUGAAGAAGCUGCUUAA